AUGUCACAAUCCGACCUGUGGGUAUUAACCUGAUCGCAGCUGCUCACAGACCAGACAGCAAGGUCAAGAGGACCAGCACAGGAGGAUGUGGAAGAGGAUCGACCAUCAGCCCAAGAUCAAAGCAGGGGAUGGACCCCAGGCGUGCCAGUUCAAGGCUCUGGGUUCUGCUCGGGAGCCUGCCAUGCCCCUUCCUCUGGAGCUGUCAGGAUUCCCGAGCUUCCCAGUGUUCGAGGACAUCAGCCAUCACAUCAAAGAGGUGGGAGCCCAACUGGUGAAGAAGGUCAAUGCCAUCUUUCAGCUGGACAUCACCAAGGAUGGGAAGACCAUUCAGCAGUGGACCAUCGACCUGAAGACUGGUUCUGGGGACAUGUAUCUGGGCCCUGCCAGGCUCCCGGCAGACACUGUCUUCACCAUCCCAGAGCCUGUCUUUAUGGAGUUGGUUUUGGGCAAGAUGAACCCACAGAAGGCUUUCCUUGCCGGGAAGUUCAAAGUGAGUGGCAAGGUUCUGCUUGGCCAGAAGCUGGAAAAGGUUUUCAAAGAUUGGGCCAAAUUUUAAGCAUGCAUAAAUACCAAGGAAGAACUUCUCUCUGAUUAUGUCGAGUGGAAAUCAUGCUUAAUCUGAAGAUUAAAGUACAAAAUAUUCAAUAUUUUUACUCAAA